AUUAAUUGUGUCAAAACAAAACAAUCGCCUGUCUCUCAUUUUCCGUCUCGAACAUCUUGCAUAUUUUCAAUUUUAAAUGUUAUAAAAAAUUACUUGUACCAUCUUAUUAACGAAAGUCUUUUCUAUUUGUACUGAAUUUAUAUUUAUUGAACAGUGUUACGGUGAUUUCCAAUAUUGGUUUAUAUUACAAGGAACUAUUUUCAGCGUUUUCAUUUGUCAAGUGUGAUAUUAUGGAGUUUCAGUUUGGAUUCAACAUGUUUCACGAGAUUAGCAGACCCUUUAACAUGACCUACAAGUGUUAUUCCGUGUCAAUGUUACCUGGAAAUGAAAGACAGGAUGUGGAAAGAGGAGGAAAAAUUAUAAUGCCGCCAUCAGCUUUGGAACAGCUGACUAGGCUGAAUAUUGAAUACCCUAUGAUAUUCAAGUUGACAAAUAAGAAAACAAAGAGGGUCACACACUGUGGUGUGCUGGAGUUUGUAGCUGAUGAAGGAAGAGUUUAUCUACCUCACUGGAUGAUGGCAAACUUGGUUCUAGAAGAGGGUUCUCUGCUUCAAAUAGAGAGUGUUUCCCUGCCGGUCGCCACAUUCUCCAAGUUCCAGCCUUUAUCUGAAGACUUCUUAGAUAUAUCUAAUCCUAAAGCAGUAUUAGAAAAUUGUUUACGUAACUUCUCGUGCUUGACGAACGGUGACGUGAUCGCUAUCAAGUAUAACUCCAAGGUGUAUGAGUUGUGUGUGCUUGAGACCAAGCCUGGGAAUGCUGUCAUCAUUAUUGAGUGUGAUAUGAAUGUUGAGUUCGCCCCUCCAGUAGGGUACAAAGAGGAGGAGCGUAUUCCUCGCGGUGGGGAGGGGGGCGCGGACGCCAGCAUGGACGAGGACCCAUCUGGCAUGAUGCCCGAACCCAGUGGCUUCGUGGCGUUCAGUGGGGAGGGAAACCGCCUCGACGGAAAGAAGAAGAAGCUGGUCAGUGAGAGCGAGUCCGAACCAUCAGCGUCGCAGUCUAGACAGCCCUACGUCAGAGGAAUCCCCGACUAUGACUACGUGGUUGGCACUCUCAAGUUCAUCAGGAACUCCCGCCCCCCCAGUGCAAAGGAGGAGACGCCUUCGGAACCCUUCACCGCCUUCAAGGGCGAGGGCUUCACGCUAAGAACUGCCAAGUCUAAGAACUGAGUGUCACUUAUAGAUUAUAAUAGAUUUUUUACUACUCUAGAUGUUUAUGUGUCCUGUAGGUGAUGCUGUGUACUCUGUGUCAAUUUCAUUAAAAAAGUAACAAAAAAAAGAGAGGUCGGUAGAAAAAUUUCGUUUAAACAUGGUCAGAUAUCCAAAUAACUACACAAUCGCAAUCGUUCGUAAUUGUUGUUGACCGAUUAGGUCACAAAUAGACUUGACAUCAGUGUAUUUUUAACCCACUAAAUAUUAUUUUGGUAUUUAAAAAAAGCUGAAAUAUGUUAACUUGUAAAUCUUACUUUUCAUGAUACGCUGUUCCUGACUGUACGGUUAAGCUACACUUGACACUGUCAGUCCAUGGAUGGUUGACUCUUUAUGUUAUAACGAGUUAUUGUCUCGAAAAGCACGUAACAUUGUGGAUCUCGGCUUAUUGUGACUGUACAUGCUUAUGCGUGAAGUGCAAUGAAACUUACUUACAAAAAAGUACACCAUUUCCUUAUGGUCACUUUGACUUUUUCAAUGGAUUGACACAGGGUACACAUGAAUUAGAGGCUGACACUAACUUACGUUUGCAAGAAUCUUUAAUUCUAUUUUUCGCUAAAAGCUUUUGAUAUUAGAUUCGUAAGAUUUUAGACUGCAUUUUAACUCCAAAACAAACACAACUUUAAGACAUUCUAAAAAGUUCAUGAGUAUGCUCUGUCCGUUUUGUAAAAAGCCUUUUGACAGGUCAUGAAAUUGAACCUUCGAAAAUCACUUUACUGAUUCCAUUUAAAGUAAACUGCGAUUUUAUCCGGAAUUACAUAAUGACCUAUUUAAAGGAUGCUUAAAAUGGAUAGGGUAUAAACAUCUAAUUUGAUACUAUCCACCUUAUUGUGACGUCAUAUUGUUGCUUACAAUUGUUCCUAUUUGCUGUAGAAGUAUAGAAGAUUAGGGAACAAAUCACACCGAAAAAGCCGCGGCCAGUAGCGUCUUUAUAUUGCAAAUAAUUUUGUAUCUUAUUACCGUGAGUAAAAAGUUUACAAUCAUUUGAAAGGUAAAGACCCCGCGAUGUUGCUCAUUGCUCUUAAGACCGCUGACUUUCAGUGUGGAUUAACCCUAAUACGCAACUGGGCACGGUUACUAUGCAAUAACAACAAACUGAACUUCUGUAGUACCUAUAUUUAAAACAUUAGUUGUAAAUAAGUAGAGUCGGUCGCCUUACAAACUCAUUUAGAAAAGAUUUUUUAAACCUCGAGUCGAUAAAUAAGUAAUAUUAUUAGCUAAUUAUCAACUUUUAUUAUGGGAAAACACAAUUCAAAUUCAUUAAACAUUUUUUUUUUCUAAUUAACUGUAUAACUGAAUGAUUCAAAUUGACGUUCCAUCUACAGGGCACUGAAAUUGUAUUUUUUUUUUUCAAUGUGAUUUUUGCUUGACGUUCCAAUAUACUGAUUAACGUAUAAGGUUUAAUAUACACGAUACUUUUAAAUAUUACCGGUCGGGGCUAACAAACAAGGGGGGGUGGUAUUUGGGGCCUAAUCAAGUUCCUGAACACUUAAAGAGAGGCAGAAAUUAGGCGCAAAAUUAGUUUGGCCGCUUUAAAGAUACCUUGUCUUGCCUGUCUGAUGUCUAUUAAGGAUGUCUAUCUGAAGAUCCGCGUUAAGGCGAAGUUACUACUUUAAGUAUCGUGUGUAUUCUAGACCUUAAAAAGUAAAAACUGUCAAAUCAAUACCCCAAGGACUGGAUGUUAUGAACUAGGUGCAGAAAAUGGAGUACUUAUAUAUCGUUGUGUGAUUCUGUAAUUAUUCCUAAGUCUCUCUGUUGGAAAAAAGCGAUAACAUUUUCCAUUAUGAAUAUUAAUUUAUACAGAUACAGGAAAUCCGCUUGGCUUCAAUGGAACAUAAUUGCAUGUUGAAUGAUGUCGUAAAUCAAGUAACUGAUGAAUAAAUCAAAUAGAAUGCAGGUGUUGCUAUAUAAAAGAAAUGUGAAUUAAA